AUGAACACUUCAAAGGAGACGACGAACCCCCUGCCAUUGACAAACUCUUCACAUGCGCAGGUUGAGCUCGCAGAAGCAGGUCAACAUGUGGACAGAAACUCCCUCGACAUACAAAAGCCUAAAGCCAUCGAUGAAAGAGUCGACCACGAGGUGGCCGAGUAUGCAGGCACCACCCGGAUCGAGAUCGAUGCAACGACCAACAACCGCUUGAAGCGCAUGAUUGACCGCAGGGUCUUGAGCGUUAUGAUUGUGACCUACUUUCUGCAGGCCCUGGAUAAGGGCACUAUUUCGUUCGUCUCGAUCAUGGGAUUUAACGAGGACAACAAUCUUGUUGAACAGCAGUUCUCGUGGUUGACUACCUGUAUCUACAUCGCAGUCUUGGUAGUCGAAUACCCAACCAAUCUCAUCAUCCAACGCGUUCCCAUUGCCAAGUACCUUUCGUUCAAUAUUAUUGCAUGGGGAGUAGUCUUGGCGUGUCAUGCAGCAUGCAAGAACUUCGCUGGGCUGGUAGCGGUGCGGACCAUCUUGGGUAUUUUCGAGGCAUGCACUCAGCCUACCUUUAUUGUCCUGAGCGCCAUGUGGUACAAAAGAGAAGAACAAGCCGGCUCAGUCACAUACUGGUACAUGAUGAACGGCGGCCAGCAAGUAGUCGGAGGCAUCCUCUCCUACUGUUUCACUCUUAUAAAAUCCGGCCCGCUUAAAUCCUGGCAGGCACUCUUCAUUUCCUACGGCGGCGUAACCGUCCUCUGGGGUCUUUUCGUGGGCCAAUACAUGCCGGACUCACCCAUGCGAGCCAAAUGCUACAACGAAGCCGAUAAACGAUUAAUGGUCGAGCGGGUCCGUGAGAAUCAAACCAGUCUUCAAAACAAGGCAUUCCGUCGCGAGCAGCUGAUUGAGGCGUUAACGGAUCCCCAGACUUGGGGGUACUGUCUUAUAUCCAUUUGCACGACGCUACCGACGAGCGGACUGGGUGCGUUCAAGUCGAUUAUUAUUAAGGGGUUUAACUUUACUACUUUGCAGACGCAGCUUCUUGCCAUGGUCCUUGGGUUCUAUAUUAUCCUUGUGCUCUUUUCGUCCCUUUAUCUGGUCCGCAAGACGGGGCAGAACUUGCUGGUUAUGGGGGUUUAUUGCAUUCCAUCAUUCAUAGGAACCAUCGUCCUGAUGACGGUCGAGAAUAAGAACAACGCAACCCGCAUUGGUCUGCUAAUAAGUUACUACAUCACACUCUCCUUCUGGUCUGCUCAGACUCUGGCCCUCUCAAUGAUCAGCCGCAACGUCGCCGGCCAGACGAAGAAAGCCGCCGUUGUAACAUGCAACUUCAUCUCUUGGGCUACGGCCGCUGCUGUUGGCCCCCAAGUUUUCCUCUCAUGGGACGCCCCUCGGUACUUCAUCGCGUUCUCAACACACAUUGGCUGCUACAGUCUGCUGGUGGUGGUUAUCUUCCUGCUGCGCUGGCAUCUCAUGAGGCAGAAUGCGAAGAAAGAUGCAUUAUAUGAGCGUGAUGAGACAUAUGCAAAUGCUUUUGAGGAUUUGACGGAUCGUGAGAAUACGAACUUUAGAUAUAUCUAUUAG